AUGUCUCGGCCAGAGGACACCCUCGCUGCCGACAUUCACUACGAUGACACGGAGGCGCGAAAGUACACCACAUCCUCUCGGAUACAAAAUAUUCAGGCCUCAAUGACCCGUCGGGCGCUCGAACUCCUCGACCUGAAGAAGCCGUCAUUCAUUCUCGACGUCGGUUGUGGAAGUGGAUUGUCGGGAGAGAUAUUAUCGUCGGUCGAGCCCGACGAGGGCGGUCCUCACACAUGGGUCGGCAUGGACAUUUCGCCGGCGAUGCUUGAUACCGCCCUUCAGAGGGACGUCGAGGGAGACUUGAUGUUGGCGGAUAUCGGCCAAGGGAUCCCGUUCAGACCGGGUACCUUCGACGCAGCGAUUAGCAUCUCCGCCAUUCAGUGGCUUUGCAACGCCGAAAGUAGCGACACCUCGCCUGCGGGCCGCCUGACUCGAUUCUUCAACGGAUUGUACGCGUCCAUACGGAGAGGUGGUAGGGCGGUUUGCCAAUUCUACCCCAAGAAUGACACACAAAGGGAUAUGAUUACCCAGGCGGCGAUAAGGGCUGGCUUUGGCGCCGGUCUUCUCGAGGACGACCCCGGAACGAAGAACGUCAAGCUGUAUCUGGUUUUGACGGUGGGUGGCACCUCCGACGAAGGUGUUGGUGGAGAUAUCACCAACGUUGUUCAGGGUAUGGAUGGCGUCGACGUCAUGGACGUCAGGAGGAAAGCCAAGAGCGGUAAGGGCGAGAUCAAAAAGGGCAGCAGAGCUUGGAUUGUGAAGAAGAAGGAACAAAUGGAGCGCAAGGGGAAAAUUGUCAAGCACAACUCCAAGUACACCGGACGGAAGAGACGUGUGGCUUUCUAG